GUGUUAUAUGCAAAUAAGUGGGAGUCUUGGUAAUGGUUUACUGCUCCGCCAGCUCGUCUGACAGUCAGAUAUUUGCAAAGGGACGAGGUUUUGGCAAUCCAAACAGACAUGAAUCCGGAUUCUGUUGUAAUCGUAUCUGCCGCAAGGACACCGAUUGGGUCCUUCUGUGGGGUGCUGUCCACCGUUCCACUGCAGGACCUGGGGGCGGCUGCGAUCAAGGAGGUCCUGAAGAGGGCGCAGGUCAACCCUGAGGAGGUGUCCCAGGUGAUAAUGGGACAUGUGCUCACUGCAGGCCACGGCCAGAACCCGGCGCGGCAGGCCAGUGUCGGGGCGGGGGUCCCCUACCCGGUCCCGGCGUGGAGCUGCCAGAUGGUGUGCGGGUCGGGGCUGAAGGCCAUCUGUCUUGGUGCGCAGUCCAUCCAGACCGGGGAGUCCACUGUGGUGGUCGCAGGAGGGAUGGAGAGCAUGAGCAGGACCCCCCACACGGUGCAGAUGCGUGCUGGAGUCAAAAUGGGGGACGCCACCCUGCAGGACUCCAUCAUCACUGAAGGGCUGACGGACGCCUUUCACAACUACCACAUGGGAAUAACAGCGGAGAACGUGGCCAAGCAGUGGGGCGUGAGCCGCGAGGCCCAGGACCAGUUCGCCGUCUCGUCCCAGAACAGGACGGAGGCGGCCCAGAAGGCCGGUCACUUCGACCGGGAGAUCGUCCCCGUCACCGUGGCGUCCAGAAAAGGUCCGGUGGAGGUGAAGACGGACGAGUUUCCUCGUCACGGGAGCAACCUGGACGCCAUGGCCAAGCUGAAGCCCUACUUCGUGAAGGACGGCACGGGGACGGUCACCCCCGGCAACGCCUCAGGCAUUAAUGACGGCGCUGCAGCGGUGGUUCUGAUGACCCUGUCGGAGGCGCAGAAGAGGGGACUGGACCCCAUGGCCCGGAUCGUCUCCUGGGCCCAGGCAGGGUUGGACCCGUCCAUCAUGGGGACCGGACCCAUCCCCGCCAUCAGGAAAGCACUGGAGAAAGCAGGUUGGCAGAAGGACCAGGUGGAUCUGUUCGAAAUAAACGAAGCCUUCGCCGCUCAGUCCAUCGCCGUGCUGAAGGAGCUCGGCCUUUGCCAAGACAAGGUGAACAUCAGCGGAGGAGCGAUCUCAUUGGGCCAUCCCCUGGGCAUGUCCGGCUGCCGGAUCCUGGUGACCCUCCUGCACGCUCUCCAGAGGACCGGGGGGAAAAAGGGCGUGGCAGCCCUGUGCAUAGGGGGCGGGAUGGGGAUAGCCAUGUGUGUGGAGAGAGCAUGAGCACCCACCAUUUAAAAGAAGAAAAAAAUAUUUUAACCUGGCAGGGAAUUGUGGGAAAUGGUGGCUGAGUUUCGUGGUUCUUCCCAGAAUGCACUUCUGGACAUUCCUACAUCCUCUCUACUGUAGCGACACUACAUGCUUUUAGGGUUUUUAGAACCGAAGUGGGAGGCAAAAGCUGCCCUGAUUUUAAGUCUUACCUGAAAAUCUGUGCCAAGGGGCUAACGUAAGCCUGUAUCUUCAUGUUUACUGUAGAACGUACUUUCAGAGUAUUUAACUACUAAUAACUGUGAAUUAAUGCCGGUUUUUAAGUGUGCAUGUUUACCGACGGGUUUAACGGUACAAUAAACAGUAUAAAGGAAAA